AAAUUGGUUUGGAAUUAUGCCCAAGACCUGCAUGUGUGAUGUUGUCCUUUUCCAGAUACGAUGGUGUGCACGGGCUGCUGUGCAACUCUCGACCACAUAGUCACAUACCUCUUCAAAACAGUACAUCAGAAGAGUAAAAAGGGCACAGUAGACCUAGAAUCAGAUGCCUUAGUGAGAGUUAUGAAGCACCAGCCAUCAAUUCUACAACAGAUGCUUGCAACUGUCCUAAAUAUUAUAAUGUUUGAAGAUUGUAGAAAUCAGUGGAGCAUGUCACGUCCCCUGUUACCACUCAUUUUGUUGAAUAAUGAGUAUUUUGGGCAGUUACGACAACAGAUCAUUAGCCAGCAAGCUCCAGAUAAGCAAGGGGCAAUGGCGCAGUGGUUUGACAGCCUUAUGGAAGGAAUAGAACCCAAUCUUCUAACAAAAAACAGAGAUAAAUUCACUCAAAACUUGUCAGUGUUCCGUCGUGAUAUUAAUGACUCAUUAAAAGGACCAGUAACCAGUAGCGGUGGAGGCAGCAGCAGUGAAAUGAUGACAUCGUGACGACAACACUACCACCAAAAUGGUCUCCGCUUCACUCCUCAUCAUAAUGCCAGCCACCAUUACCGUCGCCGCUGUUAUUCUCUUUCUACCACAACUGCUUACACAGACACUGCAGUGGCUACUUCUGCCAUAAAUAUAGUGACAGAUUCUAAUAGUAACCAUUGCUCCCAAAUGUGGUUGAUUUAGUUGUGGCCACCUCAAGUCAUUUGGACUUUACCAAGUUUUAAAUCAUAUUUUUUAAGAAAAAAAGGUUUUGAAAAGGUUACUUUUUGUACAAUAAUGCAAAGGGACCUGAUUGAACUAACUAUAGCAUUUUAUGUUGUUCUUUACACGGACUCAUAUUCUUUACAUUCUGACCAAAGGGAGUUUAUGCUGUGUGUCUGUCCAUGGUAGAAACAAUAUGAUGUCCAUGUGCAUCCUGACUUCAGCAAACAGAAAUGUGCCUCAAAAAACUCCAUUGUGAAAAGAUAGAAUCAGUGAUUAUAUAUUUUUGAAAGUGACACAUGUGAUGAGACUAAAUACUAUAAAGUGUCACCACCCUGUUUCCUUGGAGCUAGAAUGCAUCGGGAGUUUGAAAAUCAGUGAUUUACAUAGUCAUCAUGGAGGUUAUUAGAUAAAUACAGGACAGAUUUUAUUUGAAAAUGCCCAAGCCUUAAGAAGAACAAGGGCUGUUGAUUUGCAUUUGAGCAGCAGCCAAUGCAUAGCAUGAAAUGGAGUGAGUUAACUUACUGUUGGACUGAUUUAUAGGUUAACUUUAUAUUUUAAGCCUGUUAAAGGGAUUCACAUUAAUUUUUCUUGUUUUUUUUUUUUAAGUAAAUGGUCAAUAUUAAAUGAAAUAGUGUGCAUGGAUGCUAACAUUAUCCAUGUACUGUACAUUUUUGGAAAUAGGAUUUGGUACAGACAUUUUGGAUUUCUUGUACAGUGUGAUUAAGCCUUUCAGAGUUUUUCCAUUCUUUGUGAAAUAUUGGUUUUAUUUA